AUGCUGCGUCUCACACUCCUGUGCCUCUUAAUAUCAAGUCAGAUAACCGCACAUGUUACAGAGUCGCCGACGUUCGCCGAACGACUCGAUAAGUUGUACGAGAAAUUAGAAAAAUUUACCGUCGCGCCUAGAUAUAAUAGUAAACUGUACGCUAAGUUGGAUAGAUUGAACUCGUUGACACCGGACAGAGAGUUGAGUGAUGAUGAUGAGGAGCUUUUAUCCGCGAUGCAGUUGUGGGGGAGCAUGAGUGAUGACCAGCUCAGAGGAGUGGUCCAGGAGUUGCAGAGGAUCAAUGAUGAGAGAACAGACAAGUACACCGAUGAUUACUAUCCUGAAUGGAACGAUGAUGAUCUAGAUCAAGAGGGUGAUGGCGAUUAUGCAAACGACGUUGGUGAGGAGUGGGAUCCCUUGGAAGAUGACACCAGUUCCACCACUAGACCCUUGCUGGGAGUAACUCCAUCGGCCAUCACUAGGCUAGAUGGCUACAGACACACUAUAGUUUCCGCGGUGGACCCAGUAGCAGCUACAAAUGAGAGGCCAAGGAUAUUGGACGACUCACACGCCACGGCAGAAGAACGUGUGGCGACUAGAAAAGCUGUGAUCGCCAACAUUGGUAACGUCGUGCGAGCUGGGAAAUGUCUCACGCCACAACCACGUUGGCUCUCAGUCAGAAAACUAGCCCCGGCUGCUGAUACUGUAUACAUGCCUCCCUGCGUGCAAUUGCAUCGCUGUGCACCCGACUCCGGUUGCUGUUAUGACGAAUCUGAAGUGUGUGCUCCUGUGGAUGGAAAAUAUGUAGCGCUACCAUUCUUUUUAAAUAAACCAGACAAGAAUCUAACAGCAGCUCGAAUACUAUUCUUUAACCACACGAGAUGCGCUUGUGUUUCGCGUGAUACUCUACAGAGCACUGCCCGGACUAGAAUAGAACAUAAAGAAGAGAGGAAAGAGACUCGAGACAGAGAAAGACAAAAUGACUGGCAGGCUCCUACUGAAGAACCAGUAGCUGAGAAGGAUGAAGCACAAACAUCACCACCCUUACUACGCAGAUGUACAUGCCCAACGCUCUUUAGGAAGCGGAUCAAGGACGACGUGUGCAGCUGUGUGUGCGACUGGCCCGACCUUAACAAAAAACGCGACUGUCUCUCACUCGCUAAAGGGAGGGAACACUUCGGACUAAGAGACAGAUUCUGUGUGAAGCAAGGCGACUGCACCACACCGAACUGCGAAUACGGAGCCUAUGAUAGAAGUGCGGGGAGAUGUCCGUACAGAAGAUUUAAGAGAAGAUUCCAUUCAAGAAGAUACCAAUCAGAUAAACCAGCCGUUUGA